AGCAAUCAAGCCACUUCCCUUUUCACGUGAUCUAAUUCAAUAUGGCCGCUACCUGUGUUUUUGUGGAAACUACGGCAAGUACUGAGAUGUAUUUAAAGAAAACGCUCGCAGUUACGUCUCCCCUCACUUUACACAUUAUUGCGGAGUGUCCGGUGACAAAAGCGAGAGCGUGCGACUUGAAGCUGCCGCACUCUGCCGUCAGCACACCGGUUUUCAUGCCGGUUGGCACUCAGGGCACCAUGAAAGGAAUCACCACGGAACAACUGGAUGCUCUCGGAUGUCAGAUAUGUCUUGGGAACACGUACCACCUUGGGAUGAGGCCGGGUCCUGAUUUGAUUGAAAAGUCCAAUGGUUUGCAUGGAUUCAUGAAUUGGAAAAAGAAUCUGCUGACGGACAGCGGAGGCUUCCAGAUGGUGUCUCUUGUCGAACUCUCCGAGGUGACAGAGGAAGGUGUCACAUUCAAGUCCCCCUAUGAUGGCGAAAAAAUCCUCCUCAGUCCAGAAAAGUCCAUCGCCAUACAGAAUAGUCUUGGGUCAGACAUCAUGAUGCAGCUGGACGAUGUGGUGAGCAGCACGGUGACGGGGCCUCGUGUGGAGGAGGCCAUGCACAGAUCCAUUCGUUGGUUGGACCGCUGCAUCACCGCCAACAAGAAUCCGCACAAACAGAAUCUUUUUGCCAUCAUCCAGGGUGGGCUGAAUGCCACGCUUCGCAAAACCUGUCUCGAAGAAAUGACUAAACGUGACGUUCCUGGUUUUGCUAUCGGAGGCUUGAGCGGAGGUGAAGAGAAGGAUGACUUCUGGCGGAUGGUGACGCUCAGCACAGACCACCUUCCUCGGGAAAAGCCACGCUAUCUCAUGGGUGUGGGAUACGCUGUGGAUUUGGUGGUGUGCGUGGCGUUGGGUUGUGACAUGUUCGACUGCGUCUUUCCUACCCGGACAGCGAGGUUCGGUUCGGCGCUGGUGCCCUGGGGAUCCCUGCAGGUGAAACACAAGCAGUACGCCAAAGACUUCCAGCCCAUAGACCCUGACUGCCAGUGUCCCACCUGCAAAAGACAUAGCCGGGCAUACCUGCACGCUCUGUUUAAGAGCGACACGGCAGCCAUGCAUCACGUUACCAUCCACAACAUCGCCUACCAGCUUAACCUCAUGCGCUCCGUGCGGCAGAGCAUUGUGGAAGGCCACUUCCCGGACUUUGUCCGUGCCUUCAUGAGGCGAAUGUUCCCCUCACGCGACCAGUACCCCAGCUGGGCAGUGGAUGCUUUGACUUCGGUCAACAUCACCUUGGAGUAAUACCUCAGAAACAAGCUCUUUUUUUAUACACAGUACAAAGAUAAAGUGAGAUUUUCUAUCUUUUUAAACUGGAUGAUUGUUUUCUAUUCCUUGUUUACAUCUGCAAUACCCUGUUUUGUGGAUGCGUUGGCGUUUGGGGAAAAAAGUGCGGCUUUAGAUCAACAGGAUGGAGCUUUUAUUAUGUGGCGCAGCAACAACCUGCACCCUGCGCAAAUUGUACUCGGAGUAGACAUUAUGAUAAUGUGCCACUGGAUGGGGUAUAAAUGAGGUUUGGGUGGGGGGGACAAAAAAAAGCACAAACUGUGUCUCACGGGAUGCAGUUGAAUUUUUGGUGCUGUCGCCAUGGUUACGCAGUGAGGCCCACCCACUUGAAAGGAGAAAUGUUUUUUGCUUCGCCUGUCUUGCUCUGUGUGCGGAUGAGCGUGUUAGAUAGAAGCAUGGGGCUUGUCACUGCGGCCACCAAUAUGACGGGCGCGGGCGUUUCGCCAUCUCGUUGUACGUCGAAAUGGGGCUAGCAAAGUGUGUGUUUGUCUUUACGGCCAGCAGAGGGCAGAUUGUCAAAUCAUUUAAAAAAAAAAAAAAAAAUCCCACUCUGAACAUCACAAGUCUCAAAACUAGAUAUGUCAUAGUACCAAGACUGACAGUGCAGAGACGGCUUAGGGUGUCCACACUGCUGAUGAUAAAAAAAGAAUUAGAAGAAACUGUUCUUUUUUUUACUGGUGAUCUGACUUGUGUGAAACAUUUUGACCUGACAAAACGUCAGGUCACUUCUUAAUUGACUUUGGUUUCACAUUAUAUACGUAAUCAGCACUGUUAUUUACAUUUUUAUUUUGAUUACCAGUAGUCAUAAUUUUGAUUCAAGAUACAUUAAUCAGGGUUUUUUGUUUAUUUUUUUUAGCCAUGUCAGGUCCAAAUA